AUGUCAGAACUACCAGAUUUGUUAAACUUACUAAAUCAAUUACAAAAUCUUAUACCUCCAUAUGUAUUAGGUUCGUUACCAGCAAUAGCAACAACGGGGGCAACUCCAUAUAAUAGUCUGACUGCAAAGUUAAUAUGCACAUACUGGCUCCAAUUAGAUUGUUUUACUCAGCAAGAUCCCCCUAUUCGGCCCUUUGGGCAUUAUGCUAGGGAUAUAGAACCUGAUGAGAAUCAAGAUGAAACUCUAAAAUUUUGCGUUGCAGAAGCAUCUGUAUUGGAUAGAUUGUCAUUAGUGGUGUCGGUGUACUAUAUACUAAUUGGUACACUUGCAGGAAUAGCAAAAGUGGUAGGGCCAUGUAUGCCAGAUUCUUCAUAUCAGGAUUGGCCAUAUAUACCAUUAAUGUUAAUUUGGACACUGCCUAUAAUUUGCAUUAGAAUAGUUAAUGGAAAUGUAGUAGACAGGAUGGCAUCAAAUCCACUAAAUGAAAGAAAUCCAGAAAAUCCAGAAAAUCCAAAUAUGGCAAUUUCGAUAAAUCCAAUAAGUCAAAACAAUCGAAUUAGAAUACAGAACCAUCCAAAUCUUAAACGUGAACAAUUUCAUACUUUUAUUAUUGCUUUAGCUUCAGCAACAAUUCAUUGGGUUGCAGUAAUUCUGGCUUAUUUUACUCGUCCA